AUGUUCUCUUCGGAGAAGAAGGAGGCUAGCAUUGGCUCCAAGCCUGUGCAAGACGGUGUCUACUCGUCGAGUCCUAGCUCAAUUAACCACGAUGAUGUCGAGGGUUCGCCAGUUCCUGGAACUACUGUCCAGCUCAAGCGUAGACUGCAGUCGCGUCAUCUGCAGAUGAUUGCCAUCGGUGGAACAAUCGGUACAGGUCUUUUCAUCGGUUCUGGAGGCGCACUCGCAAAUGCUGGACCUGCCGGCGCAUUGAUCGCAUACGCCUUUGUCGGUACACUCGUGUACAGUGUCAUGGUCGCUCUGGGUGAGAUGGCCACCUUCCUGCCCGUCUCUGGCGCCUUCACAGCAUACGCAUCCCGAUUCGUCGACCCCAGUCUCGGAUUCGCCAUGGGUUGGAUCUACUGGUUCUCAUGGGCCAUCACAUACGCUCUGGAAUUGACUGCCAGCGGUCUGAUCAUCCAGUACUGGAACGCAGAUCUUAACAUUGGUAUUUUCAUCGGUGUAUUCUGGGCCGUCAUUACUCUUGUCAACUUCCUUCCCGUGUCCUUUUACGGCGAAAUCGAGUUCUACUUUGCUUCAAUCAAGGUCCUGACGGUCAUUGGAUUCAUGAUUUUUGCCAUUUGCAUUGAUGCAGGAGCUGGACAACACGGAUAUUUGGGUUUCGACACGUGGAAGAACCCUGGAGCUUUCGCUGCUUACAUUGUCAAGGACAACGACGCCGUCGCCAAGUUUGUCGGUUUCUGGGCUGUUCUGAUUCAGGCCGGUUUCUCCUACCAAGGAACUGAGCUUGUCGGUAUCGCCGCUGGUGAGACUAGCAACCCUCGCAAGACUGUCCCUGCCGCCAUCAAGAAGACUUUCUACCGCAUUGUCUUCUUCUUCGUCCUGACCAUCUUCUUCAUUGGCCUUCUCGUUCCUUACGACAACGAGAGCCUCGUCUCCGACCACACUGACGCAUCGUCUUCUCCCUUCGUCAUUGCCGCAAACCUUGCUGGUGUCAAGGUGCUUCCCGGCCUCAUCAACGCAGUCCUCCUCUGUGUCGUCCUCAGCGCCGCAAACUCAAACGUUUACUCUGGUUCUCGUAUCCUUGUCGGUUUGUCCGAGCAGGGCCAAGCACCAAAGUGGCUGGGCCGCACCACUGCCCGUGGCGUCCCCUACUACGCCGUUGCCUUCACUGCCGCCUUUGGUCUCCUCGGCUUCAUGAACGAGUCCAACUCUGGCGGCCAAGUGUUCAACUGGCUGGUCAACAUCACCGGUGUCGCCGGCUUCAUCACCUGGACCUGCAUCAACAUCUCGCACCUGGCAUUCAUGCGCGCCCUCGCCGCUCGCGGCGUCUCCCGCGACACCCUCCCCUACAAAGCAAUGUGGCAGCCCUUCUUCAGUUGGUACGGCGUCUUNUUCAACAUCCUCAUCAUCCUGACUCAGGGAUUCACUGCCUUUAUGCCUUGGAACACUUCUGAUUUCUUCGUUGCUUACGUUUCGUUGAUCUUGUUCGCGGUGCUGUAUGCUGGCCACAAGCUCGUGUACCGUCAACCAUUCGUCAAGCCAGUGGAAGCAGAUCUGGAUACCGGACGUAAAGAAAUCGAAGAGAUGCACUUUGAAGAGGCCGAGCCUGUGGGUGCUUGGCAGAAAUUCUGGGCUUGGAUGGGUUAG